AUGAUUCACCGUCGUGUACCAGCACCCAUCAUGCUCAUCUCAACUUUGAUAGACUCAAAGUUGGAAUGGGAAGUUUUAGCAGUCACCGUGGCGUCCCAUCAGCCUCCCGUCGAGGAGAAACCAGAGUACCUGCCCUACCCAGCAACCAAACUCAUCAUCGCGCAGUACUGGAACUGCUCGCGCGACCCGCCGUUUUGGGGAUACCUCAUUGUCGGCACCUUUUUUGACCAGCACAACAACAUCGUCUGGAGCACUGAGAUUUUUGCCUCUCAGCGUGACACUCGCGGUGAUCACGACGACAACGGGGAGGGGCAGUUUGUUGAGCGGUCGGAUUCGGACUCAAAUACCAGCCAACACUUGAACGACAGAUUUUCUCGCCGCCUGAUUCUCGCCCCGACCAAUAGCGCAUACCAUCAUCCGGCACACAUCCCGGCGUACGGAUACCAAAGACACCCGCACCAUCUCUGGGACCCGUCACACGCAGGCCCCGUCCCCGGCACUUGGAUCACGGAAUUCAACCCCGUGCUCGGAAACUGGGUAAACACCUGGCAGCCAAACCACACCUGA